AUGCAUACUCCAUUACGACAUCUUUCCUUUAAACAAAUAAAGAAAUUUGCUCUUAACAUCUUCAUGGAUAAAUCAAAUGAUCCGAUCAAUAGCAAAUCUAAUGCACAAUCAUACUUGUCUGUAUCAACACAGUCCAAUAUUAAGUACAAACCUAUGCCUGAUCCACUGUCUGUCUAUGUACCUUUGAAUUCUUUAACGGAGGAAACCAUUGAUUCUAUUGUUUCAACUGUUCAACAACGUGAUAAAAGGAACUGGAAUCAAAGCAAACGUACUUUACUAGCUUUUUUACUUGCGAUAAAUAAUAAAGUAAACGAAAUCGAACAAAACAAUCACUCGAACAAUAAAUUCGAUGAACAAACUGUUCAACAUGCUGCCAAAGUUCGACAAUGGCUAAUAGAGAAAGUUCAAUUUGGUGACAAUAAGGAACUUCAAUGGGAUGAACUUCGACAAAAUUAUGAAAAAAUGGUACACCAGAAUGAUGAUAACGAAAUGGCAAAGCAAUUGAAUAUUACAACCAUCGAGCCUUAUUAUGAGUUAGCUAUUGAAGGAGUACAUCGUGAUGUUAAUCGAUCUCGAGAAUAUAUGGCUCGUUUUCGUAGUUGUGGUUGGAAACCUAAUGAGUUAAAAGUCUACUGGAAUGCAACACAACUUGAAAAUCUCUGCCCAAAAUAUGAAACAAACGACAUACAAGUAAAAGAAAAAGAUAAAAAUCUACCGUCACAUGAUCCAUCAGAUGCAGAUGCUGUACUAGCUCUACGUCAAUAUCCUGUAUCAAAACGAAAUCAUGCUGGCACGAUCACAUAUGUGAAUAAAGGAAUUCAAGAUGCUGUUUUCGAUGCACCUAAAGAUGCUCAGUUAAUUGUGCUUAAUUUCGCUAAUGAAAGAACUCCUGGUGGUGGAUAUUUGAGACACUCAUUGGCACAAGAAGAGAUUAUUCUUUACAAUUCUGAUGGUUAUCGAUCAUUGUUGGAUCUAAAGUAUGGACGAAUGGGUGGUGGUUAUGCUAUACCAGAAUUUGGACUAGCUUAUGUACGUGAUAUACGUUUUUUUGAUGCAAGAACAGACAAAAAUCGUAGAGCUGAUAUGUUAGUAUCUGCAUGCUAUUGUCUUUCUGGUUCACCUCAACUUUAUAAAAAUCCACCAUCUACAGAAGAGUGCAUAAUAAACCAUAUAGCAAAAUUUCGUGCAUUUAUAGCUGCAGCUGUUGCUAAUACUAUUGGUGAUGGAUCAAAUACUUAUCUUUUACUUGGACCAAUAGGUACAGGUGCUUUUGGAAAUGAUGUUAAUGAUAUUGGAUACGCCUUUCGAGAGGUACUCUCAUCAAAGAUGAUGGGUUCAAAUGGCCCUAUUCGUCAUGCUUUUGGAAACAUUUGGUUUGUAUCAACAGAUAAAUGGAAAAAUAAUCGUUUAGAAAAAAUCCUGAGUGAAGAUAGCAUAUCUAACGUUGAAUAA